UACUCGCUCUUCACCACUAGCAGAAUAGAUUUUAUCAAAGUCGUUAAAAUAGUCAUGGAUCAAAGUUUCCACUGACUCAUUCCAAAUGAUUAAACAUUCAUUGCCGAAUUGAAUAGAAUUUGUUUCUUGAAAAUUAAUCAGGACACAUUUAUUUAAUCUAUAAAUUAAAUAAAUAAUUCCUUAAUUAAAUUGAAUAACUUAAUACAAAAGUAAAAUUAAACGCAAAUUAAAAUUAUAAUACUCCAAAUGAAGAGUGAUUUAAAAUUUAUUUAAAUAUUGCUAGUCGAUGAGUAAAUUCUGAAAAAGUUCAGUGCCAUGAGAAACAGUGUGGAAAAAAAUGAUUUUUGAAAAAUUGUUUCUAGGAUUCUUGGACAGAAAAAGUGCUUAGAAUGGAUAGACGAAAAAAUUUAAUUUCCUUUUUGUUAUUAUCUGCAAUUUUGGAAAUUGUAGCCGGUCAAGUGUACAAUUCAAGUUUAGCUAAAAAUUUACCAAACAAUGAACAAUUAUUUAUGGUGACUCCGGGAAUUAAAAUGUAUCUUAAACAUGGAGAUUUAAGCAUUCAAUUUUCAUUUCGAGACUUCUUUUCAAAGACCGUCUCGGAGGGAAGAGCUGGUGGGGGAAGUGGUCCCGCUCCCGCAGGAGGAAGCGGCGGAGCAGGAGGUGGAUCCAGCAAGAAAACUGGGCCACUGCAAAAAAUUAUAAGAGCAAUGAUGAUGAUUCCCUUCGCCAUGCAAGUUAUCACCCUUCCAGGUGUUCUAGCGGAAAUAAAAAUUUCACUAUUCAAGAGUUUAAUAAUUGCAAAAGUUGCUCUGGUCAUGCUAAUAAUGAAUGCUAUAAAAAUGAGUAAAACUAAAGAAGUUGUUGUGAUUCAAAAGCUGCCUCCGCCUCAGCACCAUGAUCACUUUUAUCAUCCAGACUCAUCGGAAUAUGAAGAGGAGAAUCAUGGAUUUUUUGGUUGAUAGGGGAAAAACUUUUUCGAACCUAGGAACAAAUUUUUUAAUUUUAUGUGGUGUUACACUAACGUAAUUUAUUAAUUCUGAAUAUUUUUACAAUGCCCUAAAGCUGUCUUCAAUUUUUCAAAUACAUUUUUGCAAAAAGAGUGCGUGUUUGAGAAAAAGUCAAGAGUCAGAACUGUAGGUCAGUAAUGGAUUCUGAUUCACUUGUCCAAUGUUCCACUUUGUUCAUAACGGCAUUUCGAUCCACUUUAAAAUGAAUGUGAUCGACUCUGUAAACCUUCUGUUAAUUUUUUUCUUUAAAAAAAGAGGGGACAGCUUUUUUUAAUUAUUUUUACUUUUAAUAAUUGAAGAAGCAAGACAGAUGCAUUGGCGGAAAGAAAAAUUUUACUCUUAGAAAGUUCAUAGCGGUCAUAGCGGCACUUUAAAAAUUGUGAAUUUUCAAAAAAGAAGUUUUGUAAAAAAGUCUUUUAAUUCUACGGUUUUUAACUAAUGGGCUCUUCCUGAAAGUCCUUAUUUUCUGAGUAGAACUUUUUUUUUGAAAAUAUCACGAGGAUAAUAAACUAACAAUUACUAAAAAAAAGGUACAGAAAAUAUUAAAAUUUUAAUUACUUUUAGUAUUAUUAAUUUUUAAUUAACCAAAAUUUAACAUUUAAUAUGAAAGAAGAAGAAAAAGAAGAAGAUGAUAAAAUGAAUUCGAUAAGUACUUAAUCAUCCUAUCCUCUGACUCUUGAAAGUGAAUCACGAAUUUCAUUGACUGCUUCCCAUUCAUUAGUUGAGUAUAUUAGCAGCUCCCGCUCGUUGUCAGAUGUAAUAAGAAGAAGAAGAAAAUAAAAGUAUUAAACCAUGAAA